CAGGCAGUGCUGCGUGUGUGUCCAUUAUCUCAAGUGAUACGGUUAGUCUUGACUUUGAGAGUGGUGGGUCAAGAAGGAAGGUGUUGGUGGUGCGGGUUCUGUCCUACGAAAGCUACAUUAGUAAGUGGCAGACAUGUGGUUGGAGGUGGCCCUGACCGUGGCGCUACUCUUCCUCCUGUGGCAGGUGCUGAAGAAACCCAGCGACUUACCACCAGGACGCUGGGGUCUGCCCCUGGUCGGUUGGGUGCCUCUAUCCUUCAAGAAGUCCCUUGAAGAGCAUCUGCAAGACUUACACAAGCAGCAUGGAAACAUAUACACCUGGCGGAUGGGGAGUCAGGUCAUAGUGUUCCUCCACGACUACAAGAUGUUACGCGACGCCUUCGCCAGCACCGACUUCGUGGACAGACCCAACUGGCAGCUCUUUACCAUGAACGAGGUGCCGGUAAAGGGAUUGGUCGGCAGCAACGGCCUUGUUUGGCACAACAACCGCCGCUUCGCCCUGAGGCAGCUGAGGGACCUGGGCAUGGGCAAGUCCAAGCUGGUGGCCGCCGUGCACACCCAGGCAGAGAUGUUGAUCGAGGAGUUCAGGAAGCAGGCGGGGCGGGCUGACAAGGUCCCUCACGCCACUAAAGUAGCCGUGGUCAACAUUGUUUGGCAGAUGAUCGGCAGCAUCCAGUUCAAGGUCACCGACGAGAGGUUCAAGAGGUUCCAGCGGCUCAUCGAUGGCGUCUUCGAGUCGAUGAGGCGCAUGGCCAUCCUCGACCUCUUCCCGUGGAUCAACAGCGUCUUCCCCGACGCCCUCGUCACCUGGAUCUGCCGCAGAGACGUCGUCAAGAUCACCUUAGACAGCUUUUCCGCAUACUUCGAGGAAGUGAUAGACGAACACAAGGCCACGCUGGACAAGGACAACCCCAGGGACUUGAUCGACGCUUAUAUCAUCGAGAUGGAAAAGGACAACCCGGACUCCACCUGCAGCAAGAGAGACUUGGUCCUCCUCAUCUUCGACCUGUUCAACGCGGGCACCCAGACCACUGACAACAUGCUCACCUGGAUGAUCUUCUACCUGGCGAACCACCCCAAGGUACAGGAGAGGAUGCUGAGGGAGAUUGACGAGGUGCUGCCGCGGGGGACGCUGCCCAUCUUGGAGGAUAAGCCCAGGCUACCCUACACAGAGGCGGUGGUCCACGAGAGCCUAAGAAAAGCCUCUCUGGUGUCUCUUGGAGCUCAACAUAUAGCCACCCGGGACACCCAGCUAGGAGGCUACAGUAUUCCAAAAGGCACGAUAAUCACCGGUUCCUUUUUUGCGAUGCAUGAUGACCCCCGCUACUGGGACAGCCCUGAGGAGUUCCGUCCAGAGCGUUGGCUGAACGCGGAGGGCAAGUUUGUGGCCAAGAAGGAAGGUUUCAUGCCAUUCGGGUCCGGAAAGCGGCAGUGUGUCGGGGAGGGGCUGGCACGCAUGGAGCUCUUCAUUUUCUCGGUGGCACUCGUUCAGAACUUCUCCUUCGCUCCUCCUCCGGGCAAGAAGAUCGACCUGCGCCCCGUAGCCUUUAAUCCCAUUCUGCACGAACCGAAGGGCUCCGAGAAGGUGGUGGUGACAGUGCGCCCGUAAUUACUCUCGCCGUCAGACUACCUUGCACAGAUAAAUACUUAGUUUAUUCUAGAGACCUUUUUCACCCCUUUUACAAGGGCGUCUGCUAAAGAGAAUUCGGUGGUCAUUCACAUUAAAAUGGCCCUCGACUUCCUCAGCGAGACCCCUGACAUACUCUCCUUAUCUCUCCUCAGGAGAGCUCUAGUCCUAUAGCUACAGUGCCCUAUUCCCAGCAAGCCUGGUAGCGCAACUCUUCUCAGUAUUCUCUAUUGUCUCCGCCGAGGUAAAUCCAUUCCUAGAUCUCGGGCGCUCCCCAAACCACUCCUUGGCAGCUCUCAGAGUUUCACGUUUGAAGGUAUCCCACAGUUCUACAGGGUUCUCAAGGGUGCUGAGCACAUUGAACUGAUCUGAGGCUGUCACUGUAUACUCCUGAGCACAUGUUAGGUCUUUUAGCCACAGUAUAUACACAAAAAUAUAUAAAUAAAUAAUACAAAAUGA